GCUACUGCCGCUACUGCUGCUGUGUGCUGUAUGGGGAUGGUGUGUGUGCGUUCGCAUUUGCUGCUGUUGCUACCACGGCUGCCGAGGCUGGAGCUUGGGGCUAGUUAAGAGGAGGAAGAAGCUAAUGACGGCAGCGUGCGUCGCAUAGCCUUUUUAACCCCCACUGAGCACAACGGGAAAAGAAAAAAAAAAUCAAGUGGACACGACGCCACACUGACAGGGGGAGCAAGAGAGAAGAAGAAAGAGAGGGGGUCAGACUGACCAACCGACCGACUGAUUGACCACUAAAAAGUGAACAGAGGAAUAGAGAAAGGAGGGGGUCUGGGUUUUUGUCUUUUCUUUGUCCAUCUCCCCCACUAACUAAUCCACACAAACAAAAGGCUAAGAACAUUUGAAAGGACAGAGGAAUUUUCAUCCUUCAACCUCUUCUUCAAUACCACCCCCUCUUAUCUCCCUCUUUUUUUCCUCCUCACUGCCUUGGGUUGCGGUGUGCAGAAAAGAUAGUAUUUGUGUGUGUUUGCGCGGUUGCCUGUGCUAUGGAGACUUGGGGAAGGCGUCUAGCAGGGGGAUCGACUGUCGGAUUCCAAGGACAAGCAAGAGAAGAGGAGCCAACAGCAAGAAACGAGCAGGGGAACACUGCUGCUUUGGGAGCCUGACUGGAUUCCUUUCUAUAAGUUUUUUUUUCUUUUUCUAAUUAACAAGGAGAAGGGAAAAAACAACAUUUACAGAGGGCCUUCAACCCUUUCUGUUCGGAUGUGUGGAUUUACAACAGGGUUCAUCUUGGUUAAGCUCUUUGGCAUUGAUUUCGGUUUUUACAGAGCAGGCAUAAAAAGGCUUUCUUUGCUGCUCUUGGGAUAUAUAUACAUUUGAUUUGAACACCACAGCUCUUUCUGUGAUUGCAAAAAGGAGGGAAGCUAUAUAUCUCAAUUGAAGGACCUGUAAUAAUAACUUGAGGUAGGUGUCUAGUGUUUCAACCCCUCUUUGCAUCAAUUUGUAACACCCUACCCUCCCUUCCGUCUUGUAUAAGGUUUUUGGUUGCUUAAUUUGUCAUCAUGUCCUUCUCAUACACACGUUUCAGAGAAGCCAGCCUACUCCUCCCUCCCCUCCCCUCCCGCCCCUGAGCACAGUAGAUGGGGGAAAAAAGUACUGCUUAAUUGAGGAUAGGGCAAGUCCUCUUGCCCCUUUCUAAGCAUCCAAAACCCACCUCCUCCCCUUGUCCUCCUGCCAACUUCACCCCCCCUCCCCCACCUAAAUUCCUUAAACGCUACAACCAACCUGCCAUUUCCACUGUCCAAAAAGCCCCCAAACGCCCACCCCUAACACCCUCCCGUCCUCCCCCCCGGAUGAUGCUGAAUUAUGAACGUGCCACAUCAUGAGUCUCCUGGGGCGGGUAGCUGUGCAUCGUGCCAGGAAAGCCGCCCUGCUCUGUGUAUUCUUCCUGAUGGCGCGAGCGUGGAGCAGCGCCUCGCUGGCCUUGGCGGGGGCGGCGGUGGCUUCAGGACCCCAGGGCUGCCCGCCGCAGUGUUCCUGCAGUAGUCAGCAGGGGAAAGUGGUGUGCACACGACGUGGCCUCACCCGUGUGCCCCCAGGUAUUCCCGCCAACACGCGGCACCUCAAUCUAAUGGAAAACGCCAUCGAGGCGGUGCAGGCUGACUCCUUCCGGCACCUGCACCACCUUGAGGUGCUCCAGCUGGGGCGCAAUGCCAUACGGCAGAUUGAGGUGGGCGCGUUCAAUGGACUAACCAGUCUCAACACGCUGGAGCUGUUUGACAACCGGCUGACAGUGGUGCCCAGUGGCGCCUUUGAGUACCUGUCUAAACUAAGAGAACUUUGGCUAAGGAACAACCCCAUUGAGAGCAUCCCUUCCUAUGCCUUCAACCGGGUGCCCUCCCUUAUGCGACUAGACCUGGGAGAGCUGAGGAAACUGGAGUACAUCUCAGAAGGAGCUUUUGAGGGACUGCAAAACCUGAAGUACCUCAACCUGGGCAUGUGCAACAUAAGGGGCGAUAUGCCCAACUUGAGCCCCCUGAAGGGACUAGAGGAGCUAGAGAUUUCAGAGAAUCUCUUCCCAGAGAUCAAGCCAGGUUCCUUCAAAGGCCUCCGUUCACUCAAAAAGCUAUGGGUGAUGAACUCACAGAUCACAGUUAUAGAGCGUAAUGCUUUCGAUGACCUUUCUUCUUUGGUGGAGCUCAAUCUGGCCCACAAUAAUCUGAGCGCUUUGCCACAUGAUCUGUUCUCACCGCUCAGGUACCUGGUGGAGCUCCAUCUCCAUCACAACCCUUGGAACUGUGGCUGUGAGGCUGUGUGGUUAGCACGCUGGCUAAGGGAGUACAUCCCCACUAACUCUACCUGCUGUGGACGCUGCCACUCACCUGCCAGCAUGAGAGGUCGACAGCUGGUGGAGGUGGACCGGGGUGAGGGUGCUGCUCUCCAGUGUUCUGCCCCCUUCAUUGCGGAUGCUCCACGGGACUUGAACAUCUCAGCCGAGCGAGUAGCCGAAUUUCGUUGCCGCACAGCCCCAAUGUCUUCAGUGCGCUGGCUCCUACCCAAUGGGACUAUCCUGACACAUGCCUCUAGUCACCCAAGAAUAUCAGUCCUCAAUGACGGUACACUUAAUUUCUCCAACGUCCUGGCAGCCGACACAGGCACCUACACCUGUAUGGUGUCCAAUGCGGCUGGGAAUUCCAAUGCCUCAGCCUACCUCAAUGUGAGUGCGGCCGAGCUUAAUACAUCCAACUUGAGCUACUUCACCACAGUGACUGUGGAGAUCUUAGGGCCCACCACUGAGAUGCCCAAACCCAAAACCACUACCACAGCUGCUUCUGCUGCUGGGGCUGGAGCAGCUGGAGGAGGGGGAGGCCCAGGGACUACAACUACAACUGCCUCUCCCUCUGUUUUUCAGCCAGUCUUCAUUUCCACACCCACUGUGCUGCUUCAGAGCACAGACAGCCCACCAGGUGCAGCCAAGCCAUCUGUGGUGCCAGGGCCUCGAGGUGUCACUAGCAAGCCAGGCAAAUCUGGGCCCAGCCUAGAUGAAGUAAUGAAGACCACCAAGAUCAUAAUAGGAUGUUUUGUGGCAGUGACGCUGCUGGCUGCUGUCAUGCUCAUUGCUUUCUACAAACUGAGAAAGCGCCACCAGCAGAGGAGCACAGUGGCGGCUGCCCGAACUGUGGAGAUCAUUCAGGUGGAUGAAGAGGACCUGCCACCACCAGCAUCUGCAGCUCAAGAGGCGGCUCUCGCACUGCCCGAAAUCCGAGACCACAACAGUAUACACAAACUGGAUUUUAUCAGCCACAAGACUGACUAUGGCUUUCACAAACCCAAGGCCGAGUACAAACCCCAGCCCGAUUUCACCCUUCACAAGCCCAAAGCAGAGUAUACCACAUAUAAACCCACUAUGGACUUCAGUAGCCACAAAUCCACCCCAGAUUACAGCACUCACAAAUCCACACCAGAUUUUAGCCUUCAUAGACCAAAGCCUGACUACAGCCCAUUUAGACAAGACUAUAGUACUCACAAACCUAAAUCAGAAUACAGUCCAUACAAACCGGACUUUGGAACUCACCCAAUAGCUAAAACGGACUAUAGCCCUUUCAAACCAGAUUACAGCACUCAUCCGAGACAGAAAACUGACUUCAGCCCAUUUAAAAGAGAUUACAGCACCCAACCAAAACCCAAACAUGACUACAGCCCAUUAAAGUCGGACUACAGUACACAUCCCAAGCCUAAAGCUGAAUACAGUCCAUUCAAACCCAACUGCAGCACUCACCCAAGACCUAAACCGGAUUACAAUGCCCAGAGAUCUAAACCUGACAACAGUAUGUACAAACCCAAGGAUGCUUUCACACCCCAUAAGACCACAGCUGACUACAGCGCCUUCAAGACUGAUUUCAGCACUCACAAAGCGGAUUACAGCGCCUUCAAAUCUGACUUUAGCCCCCACACCCAGAGAUCCAAAAUGGAUUACAGUCCUCACAAAGUGGACUACAGCCCUCAUAAGGUGGACUAUAGCACCCUAAAGCCCAAAUAUAACACCUAUAAACCAACUGGCCAUGGGGCAAAAUGGACAGACAACAAUGUUGGGAACUCUCUCCCUCGAACCUUGCCCAGCACCAUCACAGCCAUGGCUGAGCCCUUUGUCAUAAAAACUCACACCAAGGAGAAGGUACAGGAGACUCAGAUUUAAAAGGCCCCAAAAGCCUCCCACACCAUCCCAAGCUCCCUGCCAGCCCUGUCCUACUGCCCCCUCCCUCCCUUUCUCAUAAAAUCAUGCAAUAGAAUGCACAACAACAACAAAAAAAAGGACAGGAACUACUUUUGUACAGAGUGCAAACUUAAAGAGACUGAUGAUUUCUUGUUGUACAUGCUUAUAAAUAAAUAUAUAUAUAUAUAUAUAUAUAAAUAUAUAUAUAUACAUGGAAAAACUGAAACUACCAUGGGCUGGUGAGAGAGAAACAUAUAUUAAAAAGAAAUAAAUUGAAACUAUUUUCUAACUUGUAACUUCUAUUUAAAAAAAAAAAAAAAAACGAUGAGUUGUUUAAGAUGCUGUCUUGACUU